AUGGCGGGCCUCAGAAAACUUUUCAGUAUCGAGAGGACAUUGUUCCAGUCGACAAACCCCGAAUUGAUGGAGAGCGAGUCCAACGGUCCAGUAAGCGGCACCUAUUCCCCAUGCCUUGCGUUGCCCCGCGGAUCGCCUGAAGCGAAACUCCCUCGACUCCCACAGAUGCAAAACCAAACUUUCUACGGAAUUGAGAGGCAAUUUGAGGACCUCCAUGAUCAGUUUUGCUGUCACCAAUCAUUGUCCAGGCAAAAUAAACGAUUCAGAAACGCUGAGCCUACGUCCUCCCCUCACCAGAUCCGUCGCCAUGUCGAUGUCAUAGAAGCCGGCUUCCCGGCUCAACACGCCCGAGUUCCGACUCCGAUAUCUCCUGCGACGGUAUACCAGGAAGACGUGGCGGAUCGUAACAUCUUGCUUGCCGCUGGAAAUACACGCACACUUGAAAUAAGAAGGGGAGGGGUAUCUCAGUGCAAUUUAAGUAAUAGUAGAUCAGCGUCAUCUCUUUCAUACUAUCAGGAAAGCCGGCCACGGUUAUGGUCCAGAACACAAGCAUCGGGACACCGAACACCAUCAGGGGAAACCAGAACAGAAUUGAGAGUUAUAUCUUCUGACCACGACCUCCGAAGCCAUCCUCCAUCACAUCAACAAGAAGAUGCUGGCGCCAGCCCACCGCGCAGGAUAGGUGUCAGGCAGUAUAUCGCUUUGCGACUAAAAAAUUCUUCACCAGCGCUAUCCUCUCAGGAGUCGGAGAAUAUUCCUCCAAGACCAGCACCGCAACCACAGUUAAAAAUUUACAAAGUUGCGCCCGACCGCCAGCCAUCUACGAGAGAUGCCGGCGAAUCAUCCAGGUUUAAUCAGAGCUUAGUGAAUCCACCGAAGCAGCUGGAUGUUAAGCCUCGAAAUCAUGACUCAAAGAAAGCUACUCCCAAAUGUCCGGACGGUUCGAAAGACGGAUCCCACCGGCUUAUUAUCCCCCGCCCUCAGGCGAAUCUAUCAAGGGAAAAAUGUUCGAGAUCUUUUCUAUUAAAUACAAAAUUGGCUGCCCCCCACCAAAAAUUUUGUGAAGGUGCCUACCCAACCCCCCUGUCUUGGCCCCCCGCUGGAGCCAGGAGAGAGCCGAAUUCGAGUAUUGCUGGGAUUGUAAACAGUCCACUUCCAGUCGCAACUCCCUCUGCGGUAUCUCCAAGGACCUCGAGCUACAACGUCGAGGAAAUUAUGAGAAAGGAGAAACAAUCGCUGAGACUUGUUGGUAGAAACUCCUUUGCAAAGACGCGACGAAACUCAUACACUUCCGGGAAAGAAUUAUCUUUUCCUGCUAUUAAGGGACUAGAAGCAGGAACCGAACCGGACAGCAGCCACCAGGAACGAAGGAGAAGGCACACUUACUCGCAGCCUUUACCCCCGAGUGUACCCGUUGCCCCUGAAUUCCCAAGGGAGUUACGACAAGAGGCGGGAAAAGCGUCUCUGGGAAGGUCUGGAGAUAGUCCGCAACCUAAAUACACUUACAAGCUAAUACCUGAUAUCCGACCAAAAAGUUCACAUAGCGUACGUUCUAAGGGACCACCUUCCAGGCUAGGCAAAUCUGGUUCUUCAAAACAAACCCAAUCAUGUCGACCUGCACUCGUGUGUCAGAACUCCCAGUCGGAAAUGGCACAAAGGACAAGUAGCCGAAAUACUCCUGCAGAGCAGACGAAGCCUGACCUACCCAAAUAUCAAUCCGACAAUCCUAAAAACGGAGAGCGUGAUACCCUACCCGGCUUAACUAACAGCUCAUGCACUACACCCGAGCCUAAAAUUGUCACCUCCAGUUUCCCCCAGCAAACCUCUCAAAAGCCACCAAUAAAGAGGCUAUUUAGCACUUCACCUCAACAAAUUGGCCGGAAUCGAAUACCUCUACGCCGAAGUAGUAUUCAGAAGGAUUUAUUCGAUUCUGGGCGGUUUAAGCUAUAA